AUGAAGCUCAACGCCGCGUGCCUGCUGGCGCUCUUGGCCGGCUUGUGCUCCGGCUUCCAGAAACCAGGGGGUCAGGUGCCUAGCGACCAGACGCAGGCCAAGCACAUUUUCGAGAAGCCGCUCACCUGGAGCUACCCCGAAGGGCCCACGGCGCCUGUGGAGCCGGUGCCCGAUUUUGAGAUCAGGCAACCGGUCCAAGCCGCCACCGUCUCGGUGGAGUGCCGCGAGAGUCAAGCGCGCGUGGAGGCCCAGAUGGACUUUUUUGGAAUAGGCCAGUUCAUCAAACCCUCCGACCUCACCUUGGGUCCCUGCGGUGCCGUGGGCGAGGACACUCAAGCGCACGUACUGAUUUUCGAGACCGAGCUGCAAGACUGUGGCAGCAUGUUACAGAUGACAGAUGACACGCUGAUAUACACCUUUACUCUGAACUACAGCCCCACAAGACUUGGCGGCUCCCCUGUGGUGAGGACCAACGAAGCGGCUGUGAUUGUGGAAUGUCACUACCCAAGGCACCACAACGUGAGCAGUCUCCCUCUCGACCCGCAAUGGAUCCCGUUCUCCGCAGUCAGGGUCGCCGAGGAGUUCUUGUAUUUCACUCUGAGCCUGAGGACAGACGACUGGAUGUUCGAGAGGCCCCGCAUCCAGUACUACCUGGGAGAUAUGAUCCGUAUCGAGGCCUCGGUCAUGCAAUAUCACCACGUGCCCCUCCGAGUUUUUGUGGAAAACUGCGUGGCUACUCUCUCGCCUGAUAUUAACUCCAGCCCUAGAUAUACCUUCCUGGAUAAUGGGUGUUUGAUCGACGCCACGAUAACCGGCGCAGACUCCAGGUUUAUGCAACGGACAGUGGAGAACACGCUUCAGUUCCAGUUUGAGGCAUUCAGAUUCCAGGGUGCCGAUAGCGGGCAGCUCUACAUUACCUGCCAGUUGAGAGCCACGUCAACGGGCCAUGAUAUUGACGUUGACCAUAGAGCCUGCUCCUACAUCAACGGCUGGAGAGAGGCUAGCGGCGUGGAUUCGGCGUGCAGCACCUGUGACGCCGGAGGAGGCCAACAAACCAACAUAUGGCACGGCGGCGACGGCAGCACGGGAGGCGGGAACACGGGAGGCGGCAACACAGGAGGUGGCAACACCGGAGGCGGCAACACGGGAGGCGGUCAAUGGAGCGGCGUUAGCUGGACAACCACCGGCGGCAGUGGAAGCGGCACUCAAACAAGCGGGCCUAAGAAAAUCUGGACCCAACAAAGUGGGGGCACCGGCUCUGGCGGCACGGGAAGCGGCGUUAGCUGGACAACCACCGGCACUGGUGGAAGUGGCAGCAAUCCCGGCGUCCAGACAGGCAAGCAAACCGUUACCUGGAACCCCACCGGAGGAAGUACCAGCUCUAGCACUAGCACUAGCACGACCACCUGGACCACCACCUCGACCGGCGGCACCACCUGGAGCGGAAGAAAAGGCCGUUCUAUCAAAGAAGCCCAAGAUUAUGAAUGGAGAGGUAUCGUCACACUGGGUCCUUUCGAUAUUGCAGAGAAACUUGCAUAA